UAUAAACCUUUUUUCACUUUCAAAGUACUCCAUGUACUUGUUCUCUAGCUAACUAGUUUCUCUUUCUCUCUUUCAAAGUAUAAUAACAUAGCAAAAAACAACUAUGAAGGGUAAGUUUCUAAGAGGGUGUGUUAACAAGUGGAAGAAAAUGAGGAGUGAAUUAUUGAUAACACCUUGUGAUUAUUGGUGUGGAUUGUUGUCUUGCAUAUAUGAAAUGGAUUCUAUUCCAAAUGAUGUUCCAAAGGGUCAUUUGGUUGUGUAUGUAGGAGAGAAUCUUAAGAGAUUUGUCAUCAACAUUACUUUGCUCAACCAUCCACUUUUUAAGGCCUUGUUGGAUCAAGCUAGAGAAGAAUAUGAUUUCAUUGCAGAUUCUAAACUAUGUAUUCCUUGUAAUGAACAUUUUUUCCUUAGUGUCCUUACUUGUGCUUGUGCUAGCUCUCCACAUAAUGGAAGGGUGUUUAUGUAUGUUUGACAUGAGAGACUCUAAUAAUCCUUUGAUUUGAGUCAUUAGUUCAUAGCUUUAAAGUUCUAACAACUAUGCUGAUGUUAUGUUAUUGUUAUUAUUAUUAUACAUGUAGCAGUAAUAUAUAGUUAAUUCAGGAACCUGAGGUUUCUGUUCUGUUUUUGUU